AUGGACAGGGGGUCUCGAAACACGGUAUGCCGAAAGUGUCCUCCCGGCACCUUUUCUGGUGUCCAAACCGGUACUAUUGGAUGCAUUUUAUGCACGAAAUGCAAUUCAGAUGAAGUAAUGCUCGAGGAAUGCUCUGGAGUUCACGACUCAAUUUGUAUCGAUCAGAACCGACACCAAAUUAUAGACUGUAAUUUGCAAUCACUUGCGAUCGCACCGGCAGUUCAGCUCAGAAAUAUUGUGGGGAAUAAAGUCAGAGUCAAAAGUAGUAAUUAUGGGUUAGAAGUCAUACUUUUUGUGCUCUUACUUCGGCUCAAUCCCAACGCCCAUCGACUGAGAGGUGCGAAACGGGCGGAGAAAAUGCUUGAAUAA